UUUCCCCACCAACCGUCAGCUCGAGGAAGACUUGUGCGUCAGUCCUCUUCUCUUUAGGUGAUUCCGCCUGUGUGCGACCACAAACUCCCCGACGGUGCACCUAAGGGAGGAUUUUUUCCAAGAAUUUUGAUUUUCUUUUUUUGUCUGGUAGACUGAACAAUUCAUUGUCAAUUUCUGUUCAAGACGCCAUCUUCAUUACCCGCCCCCGCGAGGGCCCAGUCAAAGCUUUCCCGUCGACUUGCCGUGUUUACAAAGAAAAAAAAAUCAAUCCAAUAACGAAGGAGAAACGAAAGUUGCCUUGUCAGGCGGUGUAAACACCGUCAAGCUUCUCGAAAGAAAAAAAAAAUAUCCACAAGCCGGAGGGCUCCCGUCAUCGCCCACCGCGGCACGCAGUAUGCCGGUGGAAGUGCAAAUUACAUAGCAACCUUCCAGAGACAAGGCAGUAAAGAGAGACUGCCUCUCAACAUACCCCGACACUUGUCGCAGAGACGACGUCGUACCAGCGAUUGGAGUCUCCCUUCACUUCUCCGCCCCCAGCGGGGCCGUCCCGUGGUUCCAAGACAAAAAAAACUCCUCUUUACAAAACCCAGGCCGACGGGUAUUGUCGACGCGCGACAGCAUUCCAACAAGGGGAUUAGGAACUUUCCUGACUGCCGACAGCUUUCCCGCCGCCAGCCAUGGCGCCGGCGGACUUUUCCCCGCCGGGGACGGCGUCGUACACGUCCGAUACCCUGAACGUCGGCGAUGGAACUUGGGAUUUCACCAAGAAUACCUUUUUGCUGCCGAACCUGCAGGGGCUCGACUUUGAGACUAUGCAAUACAAUGGCAUGGGCAACCGCUUCUCGACAGUCGGGCAGUACCAUACCCUCAUUCUGGCGCACGGUAUCCUUGCGACCAUGGCUUUCCUCUUUCUCGUGCCGGCCGCCGUCAUGACCGCACGCUUUUAUACUGGACGGGCCGGUUUCGCAGUCAAAUACCACGCUUAUAUGAACGUACUGGCGCUGGGUCUGGUCAUUGUUGUUUUCAUACUGGGUUGGUUUGCAGUGGGUCCUACCCGGAGCUUGACGAAUCCACACCACGGCAUCGGCGUGGCCAUCCUUGUUUUAUUCAUCCUUCAGGCCUUCGGCGGUCGUCUCAUCAGUGGCAUCAAGGGCCGCUCGUUGCGUGUGACCGUUCACCAGUGGUCGGGCAGAGCCAUCGCUCUCCUGGGCAUCGUCCAGAUACCCCUGGGACUGACUCUCUAUGGGUCACCAAAGUACUGUUUCAUCUUGUACGCACUUUGGAUGACAACGCUGCUCCUUAUCUAUUUCAUCCUGAGCUACAAGGCGUCUGGCCGUCGGGAUGAGUACUAUCUGAGCGGAGCCCGGUCGGAUGCUGGCAGGAGUCGUGUAACCGAGAUCACCGAGACGGAUCGCACGGAGCGUACUGAGCGUACCGACCGGAGGUCAAGCGGAGGUGCAAUGAAAUGGCUGGGCCCCUUGGCUGCCGGCGCGGGCGCAUUUGCUCUCUUCAGCAAGAGCAAGAAGAAAUCCACUUUGGGUAGCCGAUCUCGAUCUCGAUCUCGAUCCCGCAUGCGAAGCCGUAGCCGAGCCCCGGAGGUGUUAUCAUCUAGGCGAGGAGAAUCUCCCAGCACCGGCUAUUUCGACGACGAGAAGUACAGCGAGAGGGUUGACAGGAGGAAGGAGGACAAGGGCGGUGGCUUCAUGACAAAAGUCUUGGGCGUCGGCGCAGCGCUUGGUGCUGGAGGUUUACUCGCCAAGAUGAAGAAGAAGAAGGACACCCGCCGAGACGAGACCGAGUAUUCUGCAGUUUCAAGCGAGACACCAACCCGCUACGGACGAGGAUCACGCAGGGGCGACACGGUAAUCAGCGAAUAUACCGACUAUACUGACACCACGUCAGUAAGGAGGGACGACGACCGCAGACGCCCGAGAUCGCCACUACUGCCUGGACCUGGAGGUCCCACCAUGGCCGCAGGAGCUUUGAGUGCGGCUGCCUCACGACCUGGUACCGCCGGUGGACGACCAGUCACGCCGCCACAGUCGCAUAGAAGGAACGCAAGACCGGAUGACAGCCUCAUCUACUCGGAUUAUUCGUCUUAUCGCAGCGACAGUCCCUCAAGACGACUUCCACCGCCCAAGGAAAGCAGCGGAGGAGGGGUUGGCAAGGGCAUCUUGGCAGGCCUUGGCCUGGGCUGGUUUGCGAAAAAGAUGAAGGAUCGAAGAGACAGGAAGGAAGAUGACCGUAUGAGAAUGGAAGACGAGGAGAGGCGAGCAGGCCAACGACCUGCCAGAUAUACUGGUGAUGGGUUCGACUCGCCCACACGGAGACACUCUCGCCCGCAGAUCAGGAAUGCGGGAAGACCGGCACCAUCACAACUUUCCGAGAUGACAAUGACCGAGUCUUCAAUUGAGCCUCGCCCACCCACAGGCUACGGAGCCGGAACUUCUGUCGGGCCGGCACCAGUACCAGUACCAGUGCCAGUACCCGCUGGCGGCCCACCGCCACCAGCAUCCGGCCCGUCGAGAUCGCGCUCGCAGUCAAGGCACGACACAGAAUAUGUUUCGAUGCCGGCUAUGCCCCGCGACCCGUACGAAGAUUCCCCAAGCGAUCGCUCGCCCGGCGUUGAGCGAACACCUUCGUCUAGGAGACGUAGGGAAAGCGAGGCGGCGGCGCAAGCGGCACAAGCUAGCGCAAGUCGCCUGGCUUCGAGCGAAGAUCGACGAUGGGGGCGAGACUCCAGCGUUGCCGGGCAGCCUCGGGUUAGCGUCAAGGUGAAGGGCGACGACCGUGGCAACGUAACACUGCGUCAGCUGACGCGAGAGGAAGCCUCGGCGGAGCGUAGGGAGCAAAGGAGGCGACAGCGCGAGGAUGACAUGAGCAGCUUGUCUGGAAACGAUACACCAACUGGCGGGAGCGGCAGCAGGACUCGAUACCGACGCGACUCGGACAUUCGAAAAGCCGAGUCGGCGGCGGAGCAAAGAGUGCGUGAUGACCCUCUGUCCAUGCCCCCGGCCCCGCCGUUCGCUGGAGGCAGGAGACCGGCGGGUAAGGACUCGGCAUACUUUUCGGGACAGCCUGGGCCAGCUUCUGGUGGUGUCGGCAACUUGCCGGCGGCAGGACAUACGGUGUCCACGCUCGAGAGUGCUGAAAGCCACGGAACAUGGAGCCAAAUGUCGGUUGGGCCCGGAGGACCACCAGGAGACCCUUCAGCGUCUGCUGCCGAGAGGAGAAGGAGGCGAAGGCUCGAGAGGAGAGACCAGAGGCCAGGCCAGGGAAGCCAGGUGGAAUUUAACUAGGAGAGAAUGUUUGCGAGUCGAAGAUGACGUAUUCAGGUUUUCUUUUCCACAUCUCUCGGGACACUAAAAAAGAUCUUGCUGGCUUCUUUUGCGCUUUUCACCAUAUAUAAUGAUUGGCAUGGCAUGGCCCAGGAGUUUCUUGCUUUUUUUUAUUACUUACACGGUAGGUGCUCGGUUGGAAAGGUGAAAGACAAGUCACGAAAUUUUUGGAAGAAAUGUAUAUUUGCACCAUGGAACAUGACGACUUUUCAUAAAUGAUAAAAAACCACUGGAGUUUCA